AGCGACAAGAUUGCCCUCGACAACUGUCCUAACCUGGGGAAGUCUGCAAUGAGCAAGGUCGAGACGAAGUGUACGUACAUUAUAGGACUGUAUGCGAGUAGAUAAUAUGGCGCACAUAGGGAAGAAGAUAGUACAUUUACCUGUACGAAAUUUCCUAGCAAGAGCACGUUGUGGCAACAUUAUACGUAAUGUUUUAGACAAGGAGGCCUCUCAAUGUCGAAUAUUUCAGCGCACACUUUGUACCUCAAGCGUAAAGAAUAACUCUACACCAGGAAGCCAGGUUUCAUCAAAACAGAGGCAGUACAAUGUUGGCGUUUUUGGUGCUGGAAGAAUAGCGUCCUCGGUUCACAUCAAGAACAUCCUGCAGAAAAGACGAUUAAAUCUGAAGUGGAUACUCGAUGACUCCCCUGCUGCUGUAUCAAGCUGUAAAGAUCUCCUACAUCUACACGACACUCCAUUUUAUAACAGUGAUGACCGGGAAACACUUCUUAAUGAUGAAAGUUUGGACGCUGUAUUCGUAUUUACACCGACAGAGACCCACGCUGACUAUAUAUGUGAGAGUCUAAGCAGAGGUAGGUAG